AAGCACAUACUAGUAUAUUCUUCAACCAUGGAAGAAUCGGAGAUCUUAAGACUCAAUGUUGGUGGCCAUAUUUACACUACCACAAGGUCUACCCUUGUCAGGUAUCCAGACUCAAUGUUGGGAGUGAUGUUUAAAGGUGAUAUCCCAUCUAAAGUGGACCAGGAUGGAAACUUCUUUAUUGACCGAGAUGGACAAAUGUUCAGAUACAUCCUGAAUUUUUGUAGAUCUGGAAAACUUUGCUUGCCACAACACUUUUCUGAUUAUGAUUUACUGGAAAACGAGGCUGAUUUUUAUCAAAUUCAGCCAUUAAUAACCAGCAUCAUAUCUUCACGUCAGCAGAAAGAUAACAUGGAAGCCCAUUACAUAGAUAUUGUGGAAGUGAAAACUCAGAACGUAUUUGAUUAUAAAGAUGAAAAUAUUUCUUCAGAUGAAUAUUUUACAAGUACUUCUGUGUACGGAAGUAUCUUGGACUUGAGAACAUUGCCUCUUGGUGCUGUUGAUCGCUUUUUGGAAACAAGACCUGGUUCAAAUUACGGUAAAUUAGUCAUCAAUGGACGUUUUACAAAAAUUCGAAUGAGUGAGAUGUUGAGCAGCAGAGGAUGGAUUAAGGAAAACUGUGAUUCCUCAUCUUCGUCAAAUGUCACCACAGAUAGUGUUUUCAUGACACAGACAUUAAGGGAGACUUGGAAAAAUGGAAAAAAAACUGGCCUGCAAACUAUGGAAGAAUCAGAGAUCUUAAGACUCAAUGUUGGUGGCCAUAUUUACACUACCACAAGGUCUACCCUUGUCAGGUAUCCAGACUCAAUGCUGGGAGUGAUGUUUAAAGGUGAUAUCCCAUCCAGAGUGGAUCAGGAUGGAAACUUCUUCAUAGACAGAGAUGGGCAAAUGUUCAGAUACAUCCUGAAUUUUUGUAGGUCUGGAAAACUUUGCUUGCCACAACACUUUUCUGAUUAUGAUUUACUUGAAAAUGAGGCUGAUUUUUACCAAAUUGAACCCUUGAUAACCAGCCUCACAUCGUCACGACAACAUGCAAUGAAAGAAAACUUGGAAGUUCAUUACAUAGAAAUUGUGGAAGUGAGAACAGGUACAACUGCAACCAUGCCCUCAAAGAAUUCUCGUGUGAAAACUAUUCUGCUGGGAAGGAAAGAAGAUCUACUUUCACUGCCCUCAACUCUUGUUGGUGAAGAGGCAGCAGAAAGAUUGGAAUGUAAAAAUGGAUCCAAUUAUGUGGAACUAGAAAUUUUUGGAAGUAAUGUGAGAAUUCAGCUAGCAGACUUUCUAAGUAACAGUGGAUGGGUCAAUGAAAAUUCAGACUUAUCAUCUUCAUCCAGUUUAACAAAAGGACAAGACACAAGUAUACUUUGCAUAGAACAAAGUUAUAGGGAUCGCUGGAAAAUAUAUAAACAGAAAUAAAAAAAAAAUGACUCCUAGUCUUA